AUGGCAAACGACGACCGAGAACGGCUUGUCGUUAUCGGGUCCGGCUGGGUAGGCCUAUACAUCGCUCAAUACAUUGACACAACCAUAUAUGCGGUCUCGAUUGUGUCGCCAAGGAGGACGAGCGCUUACACUCCUCUGCUGGCCUCCGCAGCAUGUGGACUCUUCCCCUUCAGCCUGGCCGAAGAGUCUAUUCGAGCCAAAGGACGGCAUUGCGACUUCAUCAAGGCCAAUGCUUUGGACGUGGACUUCGAUGCCAGGCAGGUACAAUGCGAGGCGGCUUUUGACGAGGAGAACGACGGAUUCCCCAGCCGUCGAUUUGUUCUCAAAUUUGAUAAACUGGUCGUUUGUCCAGGAUGUACGCAGCCCACCAGGGACUCCUAG